CGUCGGUUCUUCAGCAUCUAUUCUUGCUUUAUUGAAGUCUCCGAUGCUGCGCCAAUUUGACUGGUAAGGCUUAGCAUUUCGUGAAGGCAAAUGCCUUGCUGAUGAGACUGGACGAGGAUUUCUGGUUGUUGAAAAUAGUAGUUGAAAAGAGUGGCUGGAAGCGACUUCCUUGUGCAAAACCGUCUUCCGCCAUCAUCGCGAACAAAGGAAUCAAUAUUGUUCUGUUCAGAUUUAGAUGAAGCUCAAGCGCUCACCUCAGCUUCAAGCUUAGUAAUCCUUCAGUCGAACCAAAGUUCAAACGCUUCGCCGACUCGAAAGACAAAGUUCCACCCUUGUAUGCUUGGUAUAAGCAGCUCAAAUCUUUCAAUCGCGUCUGGUCGAAACUAGUUGGCCAUCUUACCUUGUUUAGAGAGUGGGCCACGAAAUGAAGCCCAACGCAGGGUUUUUGUCUCUUGCUGAAGAACUACAAUUCAAUAUUUUGAGCUUCCUGUCUUGCCGAGAUAUUCUUCGUUGUACAUCCGUAUGUAAGGCCCUUCGCCAGACGUACAUGUCCUCCUCCGAGCUUCAGUACAUCGUUGAACUCAGUGGCCAACGGUUGCUCCGUGUCCCCAAUACGGACAAUGUCAACAUUCCUGUUUCUAAGCGCCUACAACUCUUGAGGGAUAAAGCUCACGCGUGGUUCAAAGUGGACGCCCACUCUUUCGAAACAGUCUCUCUACCGAAGAACAUGCACUCUGACGAGAAGUUCGUCGUAGAUGGGCAUAUCUACUUGUGGGAUAAGGACGAAGACAUGGCCACAAUCGUUCCGAUACUACCAAAGCCUUCACAAAAAACAGUCAAGCGCGACUGGUCUCCAGGAACAUUGUUUUCAGUUCCCGACUCAGACGGCCUCGAUGUGUUCAUGGACCCAGCACAAAACCUGAUCGCCACCGCGUAUGCCGUCACUGAUGAUACACUCCAGUUGAACGAGGAGACACUCUACAUCGACCUUAGAGUCCUUGAUAGUGAUGGCGUGCACCCCCACGCUGCUGGACGGACAUUAUUUCUGUCGGUGCCGCCCGCAUCCAAGGAUAAGUGCCUUGUUACAGAAAGUGCAAAACUUAAGGGAUUUGGGAGGCAUCUCGCUUUGCGAUGCUCCUUCGUGUAUCCAUUCGAGGGGAUGUGGCAGCUGCAUAUUUGGGACUGGCAACACUCAACGACAUCUAAUAGCGUCCUCAGUGGAACGAGUUUCUCACCAACCCCAAUUGAUUUUUGUUUUCUCGAAAACAAUAGGUUGCUCGUUGUCGCCGCUGAUUUGAAGCUCUAUUCGAUCGAGGAUAUGUCGCAGACGCCACAAUUACUGGCGUGCUUCAUGAUGCCCGUCUCAUUUCCGAACGUCCGGCGCUUCCUUCCGAAGGAUCAUAUCGAUAGCUCCCCACAGAUACAAAUCCAACAGGCGAUGUACACUUCAGACCCUCAAGACCGGCUGUUAUGUAUUACCAUGGAAGCGAGAUGGGCCUACGUCAUUUCAACGAGGAUUUUCUUCAAUCUUGACGGAAUGGUGGCAGCAACACCAGUACCGUGGGAAUGCUGGGGUCCUUCAAAUACUCGUAUUUUCGAGCUCUCAGGUGAAUCCAUAGUUCACGUUAGCGGGAAUCGAAUUCUGCAAGCAUUGUUAGAGGGCACGUCAGCCUCGGGUUCCUUGAAGCAUACAUUACACAUCAUGGACUUCAGCCCGCUAGCUGUGACGAACAGACGGGGUCUAGGACGAGUGGUGAAAGAGCCAUCUACAAUACUAGACUUCGACGAGUGGACUGGCAGGCCUGCGAAAAGCUUGACAACGUCCCUGCCUUACGUCGAGGUCUUAUUGGACAGAAAGUUUGGUUCUGCUGAAUCGGAGUUAGCAGACGUGUGGGUCGAUAAGGAUAGAAUUUAUUUGCUCAACAGGAAGUGGGAUCAGGAAGUGGUAGGUUCUGCACAUUACGCGAUAGAGUAUAACGAGCUUGAAGUCGUUGAUGUUUAGAGUAGAUUUAUAUCUAUGUAGUUGCACUGUCGUGCGACAUACAUUUGGAUGACGAUUAUCAUCCAUCAUCCAUCAUGGACCUCGGCACCAUUUUCCACGGAUUCUCAGGGCCCUUCUUUCAGACCCGGUUUUCUUGUAG